AUGGCUGGUGUGCAGACAGUCCGGUUGGCGCCUGCCUUCAUGGACGAGCAGGCCACCUAUGGCCCCACCUACCACGGUGGCCUCGCACCGCCACCAGAGUGGUGGCUACAGUUUGUCCACGUAUUCGCUCCAUGCCAGCUGGCACAGCUCCAGCAAGCAUACAACAAUACCUGGGCUCAGCCCGGCCAUUGGCCAACGCAACAGCUCACAUAUCCUUUCAACCACCCCCCGUGUUACUUUACGCCCACAGCAUUCACAAAUCAAUCACCUUUCUGCCCAGCAUCUACUUCACAGCCACCGUUACUUUGCACCAACCAGCGAUUCCCCCAGCCCCCGGCUUCACAUGCACAGCCACCCCCAAUUCAGCUCCCUGCCGCCACUCCAACACGGGCAUGCCCCCCAAAUCCAACCCCACCAUCCACAUCGACUCCUGCUCAACCUUCGUGGGCAGACCUUUCGGAGGAGCCCGCUCCAGCCAAGCAGGUGGACGAAUUGCCCACUCUGCUUCCCAAGCCCAACAAGGGCAAAGGGAAGGGCAAGAGCAAGUCCGGCAAGAAGCCAAACGGCGGCAAAGGCAAGAAGCACCGAAACGCCUUCAAUUCCUGGAGCUACGACUCCUACGGCUACGAUUGGUAUUGGCACUGA